GGGACACCGCGAUUUUACGCAAGAACCGUAGGAAAUUGCGUGAUUGUAACGGGAGAGAGCGCUGGUCGGGAUCUUAUUGUCUACGACUACAAUAGAAGAUUUUGCAACCGGUGGAGAAAGUCGGGAACUAUUUUGUCGCGAAAUUCUCUGCUGAUUUCGCCGAUGAAGAGUUUGAAUCCAAGCCCGGAAAACUCCAGGAGGAGUGGAGUAAUCGGGCUCGGUUUGAUCCCAGGGCAUGGGUCCGCUGUUACCAGCUUAAAGGUCUCUCAUGGGCACAACCAAUAUGAAGUUGCCGUGCCGUCAAACUCCAAUUUUGGUUAUCUCAAAAGUGUCAUUUCUAAAAGCCUCGAUUUGAAUCCCGAGACAUGCAAAUUAUAUUUUGGAGGUAUAGAAAAACAAGAUGGAGAGAGUCUUCAACAAGCUGGUUUGAAGGACAACUCUGAAGUGUUGCUUGUGGAAUCUGUAUCUGGGCAGCCAGUCUCCGAAGAAGUUCAAGAGACCCCGGUAGCUUCAAAAGGGGAGGAAGCUGUUGCCGAAGCCAGGAAAGAGAUCAACAAUCUUGAGCAGCAGGUUUCUGCGUUGCAAGCUGUUAUCGACAGGGGGAAGGAGGUUGAUGAUAAGGAGAUUACGUAUUUGACUGAGAUGCUCAUGAGGCAGUUGCUUAAACUGGAUGGUAUCGAUGCUGAAGGAGAAGGAAGAGUUCAGAGGAAGGCCGAGGUACGUCGGGUCCAGAAAAUUGUAGAGUCUCUAGAUGCCUUGAAGUCAAGAAACUUGAAUUCCUCUAACCAUACUCAAGAAAAUGUGACUGCGUCCACUGAGUGGACAGCCUUUGAUUCUUCAUCAUCUUCAGCUCCACCUGUUGUGGAAACUUCCUCUUCCCCCACCCCUUCAGCAUCUCUGGCCCCAUCCGUUGUGCCAUCAACUUCUCCUACCCCAACCCCAUCUUCUGCCCUUCCCGUCAUGCAACCAUUUCCCCCUUCCCCUAUGCCAAGUCCUUCAAUGUACCCAGAGCCAUAUCCUCCGCCUUCCAACAUGGCGUCUCCUAACUUUGCCACCGGCCCACAUUUGACCCCUUCUACUUUUCCAUCCCACAACUUUUCGGGCAAUCCUUACGCCGCCCCUUCUCCAAUGCAAUAUUCAGCCCCUUCCACCAUGCCAUAUGCUACACCUUAUCAUUACCCUUACCCUCACCCUCACCCUCACCCUCACCCUUACCAACAUUAUGACCCUUCACAACAUUAUGGCCCUUCCCAAUAUUAUGAUCCUUCCCAAUAUUAUGACCCUUCUCAAAUGACAUAUUUACCCCCUUCUUCUGCCCCGUCUGCGGCUGCCCCUGCUCCCUAUCAUGCCCAGCCCAAUGCGCCACCUUCUAAUCCUUUCUCCAUGCCAUCUUCUACCAGGGUAACAGAGAACUGGGAACACUUCGGCUAACCAUGGUUGUAUUUUAAUUACAUCAUGUGCAUUCAUCAUUUGGUGUAGUGAUAUUUGAGCUACAUUCUUGAAUUAACCCCACAGUUUUAUCCUUGUACCAAAAUUCUUGAUCUAGCUCCUCGAUGCUCUUUAGAACAAUAAAAAUUGCUUUCUAUGAA